AUGGCGCUCAUCGAUGCCGCGCUCGCCGCCGCCGAGGCGGGGGCACGCCCCCUCCUCUCCGCAGCGGCCCGCCGCGCCGCCGAAUGGUGCGAGAAGCAGAUGGAGUUCGUGCUCGAACGGGGCAAGCCGGAAAAGACCGUGGCCAUGAAGGUCGGUUCGGACCGCCAUGCCCAGCUCGAGCAAGAGGUUGUUGAGAGAGUGGACGUUGCCAUUAGAUCUGCGGAAGAACUAUGGGCAGUAAAAUUCAUGAACUUCAUCGUGGGAACAAACCAGCUAAUGUUCGAGGGCAUGACACGGGAAAUUCCAGUGUCCUUUUACCAUCCGGCGCGGCCUCCAGGCGACGUGGCAGUGCCAGCGUGGCGGACGAAGCACACCUUUGAAGAUGUAUUGAAAUAUUUCAAGGUUACCUGCCAUACACUACCACGGUCUCAAGAACAGCUGCUCUUGAGAUAUGAACUACAGGAAGACCAUUCCCUGCUUGAAGAAUACCGGUUCACUUAUGAUGCUAGGUGGUUCAAGGAUCAAAUCCAGGAAGUCCUCAGCUUCUGGAUAGGAUCCCGCGAACCUAAAUUUGUAGCCGAAGAGGAGAGGUGGAAGUGCUGUUUCUGCAAAUUUGUGUCAGAUUGCCCAAUGAUUGCUUCCAUGCCAAGGUGUUGA